CACUAAUAUUUUCGCUGUGAGUACACUGCAUAGGCCAUUAGGACUCGCUGUCAGGAUCCUAGGAAUGUAAAAUUAGGAAAAUAUCAGUUUCAAAAUGCUUAAGCCCAUCCGUGUUUCUCAUUUGAAAUUUGUAAAAAGAUAUUUUCUUAGUGUGACACUGGAGUCGACACACAGAGCUUCUGUAACAACAUUAAGCGGCUCUCAGAAGUUUAAAAGUAGUUUCAAAAUUAUUGAGGACAACCCUCUUGACGUAGCUGAUGCAGAAAGAAACAGGAAUAAAUACAAGCUGCUGUUAGAAAACUAUUCUAAACAUGUUGCGCUUGCAAAAUCAGGAGGGGGAGAAAAAGCAGUUGAAAGACAUACUGUGAAGCAAAAGAAAAUGCUGGUUGCAGACAGACUGUGUUUACUUCUAGAUGAUGUAAAUGAUUUUUUAGAAUUGGCAUUGUCAGCAGGACUUGGGAUGCCUUAUGGAGAUGUUCCUCGUGCAGGAAUAAUAACGGGUAUUGGUAGAGUCCAUGGAAAAUUGUGCAUGAUCAUAGCUAAUGAUGCUACUGUAAAAGGGGGAACAAUAUAUCCUGUUGCUCUAAAGAAACAAUUACGAGCACAGGAAAUAGCAGAGCAGAAUCACCUCCCUACCUAUUAUGUAGUGGAGUCAGGUGGAGCAUUCCUACCUCUACAGUCAGAGAUUUUUCUACCAGGAGGAAGAACAUUUUAUAAUGAAGCCGUAAUGUCUUCACAAGGAAUACCUCAAUUAGCAAUAGUCUGUGGAAAUUGCACAGCUGGGGGAGCAUACAUACCUACAAUGGCAGAUGAAGCUGUGAUGAUUCACAAACAUGGAACUAUUUUCCUUGGUGGUCCCCCAUUAGUCAAGGCUGCUACUGGAGAAGUAAUCAGUGCUGAGGAGCUAGGAGGGGCUACACUACACUGCAGUGUGAGUGGCUGUACCGACUAUUUUGCUAAGGAUGAACCUGAGGCCUUUGAGAUGGGACGAGAUAUUGCGGAGACCCUCCCCUUCCAUGAUUCAUGCACAUCUGAUUCAGAACCACCAUUGUAUGAUGCUGAUGACAUUCCAGGACUUAUCACUCCAGAAAAUAACAUAAAUAUUUACCAGGUCAUAUCAAGAAUCACAGAUGGAAGCAAAUUUAGCGAGUUUAAGAAAAUGUUUGGUCCUUCAUUAAUCACAGGAUUUGGAUAUAUUCAUGGUUGUCUAGUUGGAAUUGUGGGGAACAAUGGCUCCCUCUCUGAACAUUCUGCAGACAAGGGAGCUCACUUUGUACAGCUUUGUUGUGAACGAGACAUACCACUGAUAUUUCUACAGAAUACUCAGGAAAAAUCAGACAGUCAAACCUCAGGUGAAAUGUAUGGUAAUCAGCUGAGGGCCCAUGCCAAAAUGCUAGCAGCCAUUAGCUGUGCCAAUGUUCCUGUAAUAUCUUUCAUCAUUGGAAAUGCCAUUGGACCAACAAGUUUUGUCAUGGCAAACAGGUGUAUGAGUCCCAACUUUCUGUUUUGCUGGCCUAAUGCUGUUGUCUGCGUAGAGAAUCCUGAUAAACUUACACAAGACUUGAUAGAGGAAGCUAAAGCUGUUAAUAUAAAAGAUUUGGAUACAUCAAGCAUCUCACAAAAAGUAAACAUGGAGAGCUCCUCGUUUUACGCUGCCUCUAGAGUGUGGAAUGAUGGGAUAGUUCUGCCUCAGGACACAAGAAGGGUCAUAAGACAGUCCUUAGAAGCUGUGAAUGCUUACCGACACAGAACUCAGCCUAAAGCUCAGAUCAUCAGAAUGUGAUAGACAAGCUAGCUGUGAUUUAUACUUCAUUUUCAUGUCUACCAUCUCAUCUGUCGAGAAUCUGUAGAGAUGUAAACAUUAAUAACAAAAUUAAUAUAGUAAUCAUUAACAAAAUUCUUAGUUAAAACUUCUGACUAUUUUUCAUUAAACAGAUAUUUUUAUACAUAUUUAUUAAAUUUGAGAAACUUA